UCGGCAGUCUCUCGCGACAAGCCGGCUCGUACGGUCGUGUUUAGUUGAGCUCUUACUCCGUCUACAACAGGCCAGGUGCGCGUUACACCAUCUCUUUCUUCCCCCCCAUUUGCCACCUUAUUUUCACCACUCCGAGGCAAUUCUCUCGAGACAAACGUUGUUUUCAUCGCUUCCAACAGAUCAUUCUAACCACACCCAAAAGUACAUCCUCCAAUCUAAUUAUUAACCUGCAAAAAGUGACUAGCUUCGUCAUGGUGUGACGCCUAAAGUCCCUCAUUCGGUAAAGUGCGAACAAUAUUUUUUUGUUAACUCAGUGUAAAAUACAGUACCACGGGAAAAGUUGACGAAGUAAAAUAACGGAAGUUGGAUUUCCUGUAUUCAGCCCCUUGGAUAUUAAAAUCUCCGGUCGCCUGCUGUUGGAGACGAAGGAUUCUGUACAAAGAGGCAGAGUGUAGGAUGGGCUCGCCAGUGGUAAGAAUCACCCUACAGUGAAGAGGAAGUUCUUCGAGUGGUGGCGAGGAGAGUACGAGGAUGCCAUCCUCGCAGGCUGCCGCGACUGAGCGGCGAAACGAUCGAAUGAUGGCCCACGAACCACCAAAGCUGAAGACAACCUUAAAAACCCCCCCAAAACAAGCAACAAAUCCUCUACAAUUCGUCAAAGUCGGCCCUUGCUCCCUCUACCGAACAGCCCAAGAGCAGUUACAAAAGGUCCAAGAAGUAAAAAAAGUAAAACAAGAAGUACGCGAUGACCCGGAAGACUGGCAAUCGAACUUGGACAAUUGGAAGACUAGCAGGAGGAAGCGCCAAGAGCACAUAAUCGAACGAGUUGUUGAGGUCAAGAAGCUCGAGCUCAAGGAACACGACAGACAGAGAAAACGAAGUAAAACAUUUUCCGAGAUGAUGGAGGAGCGUGGUAAUAGAGGGCGAAAGCUCAGCAUGAAUCUCGCUAUGUAUCAAGAGGAGGAUUCAAAUGACUUGAGUGAUCUUGGUAUUGGUACAAGUAGUGGAAAGAGCUCUGUCAGCGGUGAUACCCACGACGACAUACAGAGUGUUCUUAGCGAUCGAGACAGCGAGAUCGAUAAGAAUCACUCCGAUUUGGAUAACGUUACCAAUGAAAAUGGUAAUGGCAGUACAGACAAUAACAAUGUUACAGCCAUUACAACCACUACUAAUGUCAUUGAUACACCGAAUAAAAAAACAUUCGAUAAUGGAUUCAUCACUGAUGAUCACAGAGAGUACGACUCCGGUACCACAGCUACUGUCAGUUCACCGGAGCCCGAGGAGUACACGUAUGAGGGUGCUAUACGAGGCUAUGUAUCGAGAGUUGCCCAGAACAUACCACGAAGAUCUCUGAUUGAUCUGGAAGUCAAGUUGGACAGUGUCAAAACUAAUCUAUAUGAGACGAAAGAUUCUACAGAUGAAACAAACUUCUCAGUGGUAAAGGUUGAUAUAUUGAAGCGCAGGGAAGUCUUUGAAAAAGCAUCGCAAAUCAAUGCUGACAAUAAAAUAAACAACAACAACCGAUUAUCCGGGGACUUCUCCACCACCAAGUCCAUCAAGGAGAGACUCUCCAAUCUCGACAAACAGAUGCACGAGUCGGAGCAAGUAGAUAAGAAUACAAAGUCCUUGAACAGGCUCUCGGGUGACAUGAGUUCAAUUCGUGAGCGUCUCUCUCACUUGGAGAAACAGGCAACUGAGCGUGAGAGUAAAAUAUCUCGAAAGCCGAGUAUAGAUGAGUUGGAGCCAGUGAGGCCCCUUAGAGAGAGACUUUCUACACUCGAGAAGUACGCAAGCAGUGACGAGUCAUGCUCACCGAGGUCUACGACUAUCAGGCAAAACGGGAGAACCAAGGAGGUUGAGAAGAAACCAGUAGACAAACAGAUUCUUCGGUUUAAUAAUGAUAACUCGACACCGAGUGAACGGAGCUCAUCACCGGAUUCAGAGUACAGAGCACCUCGUGCCGCUUUUCACAGAAGUCUUGAUUCUCUGGAUGCCGACGCCUCUAGUGGGCCAGACACUUUUGAGAGGGUUCAAAGUCUUGAAGAACUUGAUUACACUCAGAGAUAUCCGGCCUGUGCUUCCUCUGCAGAACUCCUCAAUGAUACGGAUAGAGAGGACUCAGGAAUUCACACUGCUGACGUCUCUUGUGCAGUUAGUCAGGCCGAUGAACCUGUGGAUGAGGAGAUUGUGCAACAACAACAGGUAGGGGUUGUUGAGACACAGAAGGGCCUGUCGCGCGCUGAUAAAGUGAAUCGAGGGGAUGAGGCGACUGAGACUACUAUCGAUGAGAAAGAAGAGGAGGGUCUGGAGGAGAAAGGAUUUGAGGAGGUCGGCAGCCAACAUUCGGCGGUGAUAACUGAGGAAUCGAUCGUUAUCGGUAGUAGCAGCGUAGACGAGGAAAUCGUAGUGCCACAGGCCGAGUCAACAACGCCAGUCGAGCACGAAGAGGUGGUGGUUUGUACGAGCAGUGAGUCCAUGGUAGAGGUAUCUGUCGAGUCCCCUGUCACUACCAGAACAAACGUCGAACAGAAGACAGAGAUUCAGAUUGACUCUGAUACCGAACAAGUUAUAAUGUCAAUAGUCUCAUUGUCGUGUGACACUGAAACCAAUCGCUUGACAUUUGAGGAAGAUACAAUUGUUGACGUAAACACCAUGGAAUUCAUCGGAACAUUGUCACCCACCAGCAAACAGAUUCCACAGUUGGAUCUUGAGAAUGACGAGGAAAUUGUUGCUGGACUGACUUUCCCCCUUGGGCCACCGAGCAGCGGUGAACCACCGAAGGAGAAACCACCUCCACCUCCGACAGACUUCAGUGAUGAGGAAAAUCAACCGAUUGAGCCACUGAAGAGGUUGAACUCAACGAGGAGAAUCAAGAAGGAAUUGAGGACGAGGCGGUCUGAUUUCUUGGGGAUUGAAGGGAUCAAUGAUGACGACUUGGAGUUGAGCCUAGCACGGCCACCAGACAUGGCAGCGAUUCUCGCAGAGGAGAGACGUAUAGAACAGCUACAUCGGCGCUCAUACGACACUGACAGCAAUUACGAACAGGACUCGAGCCACGAGAGAGACUCGGGGGUUGAGCUUGGUCACGCCGAUGACUGGGUAAAACAACCAGUCAGCCCCGACAUGUCCCAGCACAGUCGUCAGAGUAGUGAGCCCUUCGGUGCCAGUGUCACAUCAUCUGAGGAGGACGAAAUCACCAAGAAAGAGCGUGAGAUUAUCGAAGUCCUCGAGAAGGAGGAACAGUGGCGUUACGGCAGUGACCGCGAACAAAACAGCGACAUCGGUGAGAAGCUCGCUGACAAGCUUCGUGAACUGGAGGAGGAGAAGAUGCAGUUGGAGCGUGAGCGCCAAGAGGAGACGUUGCGUAAGAAUGAUGAGAAUGCACGCAAACAGGAGGAAGAGAAAAUGCGUAAACAGCAGCAGCAACAGGAAGCAGACGAGAAAAUUCAUCGGGAGGAGGAGUUGAGAAUAAAAACUGAGCAGUUGCGACUGCACGAUGAAAUGCUGGAGAAUGAGAGGAGAACAGCAGCGGAAGUGCGUAGACAGGAAGAAAUGCGACUGAGAUCCAUGGAGGAUCAAAUUCGAAACCAGGAAAAAACAGUGCUGACGGCAGUGCAGUACACUCAUGAUGAUGAAUACCCAUCCGGGGAGGUGCUGCGAGUGGAGAGGGAACUGUUACAGCUCGAGCAGGAAGAAUUGAAACGUCAGAGAAGCAACAUGGCGUAUCGUGAGCAGAAGCAACAGCAAUUGGCUGAACAACUGCAGGAGCAGUGGCAAUCCCUGCAGGACGUCAACCAUGGAAGUGCAACAAAUCCCCACCCAACGUACCAGAAUAUCAAUGCCCUGAAUUAUCGAUCAUCAAUGCCAAAUCUCCAACUUCAGGAGGGCCUGAGGAGGCGACCACCACCACCCCCAAUACCUCCCGCUAAACCCCUUCGAGUGCUGGAUCAGCGACAGCGUGAUGCCACCAUCAGAAACAGUCGGAUUCCAUCGGCAGAUUCAAUUCCCCAGCAGGUUAAUGCAUCAUUGAGGCACAGUGUCUCUACAACAGCACUUGCCCCACAGGCAGGACAGCAGAUGACUAAGCAGACCCUCCAGGCACUGAGUGCUGUACCGCGGACUAGAAUUGUUAAGAAUGAUCAGUGGGUGCAGAGGAGAAAGAGCGAUGGUCCCAGGAUUACUCAGGAUUUUAAUUAUCAGCACUGGCUCAUCCAGGAGGCUGAACAGAGGAGAAUAAAUGAGAAGAAUCAACGAUCACCGGCGAGAAAACCUCAUGUUACUGGGACAUCUGUUCUGUACACUGCGACUUCAGCAAAAUCAGAUGGUAAACCACUGCCCGAUUCUAUCAUCCAAACCAUUACGCAAAGGAUACAGAAUAGGGCACAUGAGAGACCACCCCCUGUUCGGCGCAGACUGGAGCACAGUGUCAGCCAGGAACAGCUGUCAAUACCCCAUCAUCAGUCCCAUCAGCAUCUUGCUAUGAUGCAUCAAAAGGUGCAUCAAUCACCGGGUCCCUCGAGUGUCGAGUCACAGGAGAAAAUGCUCAGUGUCAGUGGAAAGAAGAAAUGCUCUCACUGCGGUGAUGAAUUAGGACGAGGGGCAGCCAUGAUUAUAGAGAGCCUGCGGCUAUUUUACCAUAUGGAGUGUUUCAAAUGUUGUGUAUGUCAUGUACGUCUUGGUGACGGACUCAUGGGAACAGACGUUCGUGUGCGGAAUCACAAGCUACACUGCCAUAAUUGCUACUCUAGCGAUGACGGUGUCAAGUUCAGCUGUGUCUAAAUUGUCCCAGUUUUGUGGAUCCAUGCCGAUUAAUACAUAUUAUGCGGUUCAACUAUUUUUUUUUAAGUUUGAUUGAACAAUUGGCACUGUUUUAUCGCCAUUCAAUUUCUAAUGUAAAUAUAUCAGUAAGACUAGCCUCGAGCCAUCAUCGAGAAGCGAAGAAAUUAUACUACUGAAAGAGUUGACUAACAAAUGUACAUAAAAUGUAUUUAUGUAAUUAGAGGAAUCACUUCAUGUCUGAAUUAAUUUCCAAACUCGUCGAGGUGAAAUAUUGUUGGUCAAGUCAUCCUGUACAUUAUGUAUUAUAAAUUGUGAUAUUUAUGGAGUUCAGCGAAUGGACGAAGGAUUGUUUUUUAUGCUAAUUAUUUGAAUGUUUUUAAUCCUAGGAAGAAAAAUGUUAAUUCUAUCAAACUAUAGAAUGAAGAAUUAUAGAUAAUUUAGUUCUUAGUGUUGUAAAGAAGUAUUGUUUCAAAUCCAUAAUCACUGUAGCCGUUCAGAAAUGCGGUAACACGGCCCAAUAAAUUUACAAUUUAAACUUCGAAUGAAUUGUUGCUGGCAUCAGUGAAUGCCUUCAAUCACAUACUGUUAAAUAUUGUAUGAUAUGUUUCAUCUUAUCGAGGUGAAUUCCAAGCAUAAAGGAAAGAGUGUAAUUUUUUCUAUUAUCUGAGAAAUAUAUGUUUAAUGCAGCAUAA